AUGAUUCUAAACCCAGUUUAUGACCUCAGUCUUUUUCAAAUCAGCACGAUCUUCUAUCAGCUUCAAAUUCUACCAGAUGAGGAAGUUCUGAAGGAGUUGUUGAAAAAAUCCGACGAAAUAGAUCGAAGAUUCAUCGAAUGGGUCACGAGUACUAGCGAAAAGACCAAAGAUACUCCUUCAUGUAGCUCGUCAGUUGUCGUGAACCUAUCAGAUCCCAAUAGUCCAGAUAGAAAAAGAAGGAAAACCCUGUCAUGA